AUGGCGACACCCCCGACUAUUAUUACCAAGGACAAGCGCAUCCAUUGGAAGACUGCGGAGUGCAACAUACUCGAUGAGAAGUGCGCCAUGUUUCUUCAGUGCUCGAGUGCCGAAGAACAAGAUAAAGUCAAGCAUGCCACCGUGGCAGCAUUGAAGGCCGAGUUCACCCGCUUUCAUGGCAUAUCAGACGAGGUGCUGAGUGAGAAGGUACAUAACUAUCUGAGAAAUGAGAAUCAGCAUGAGAAGAAGGCAGAACCGCGCGCCUCCUUCCGCGACAAGUCAAUCUUCACGCCAUGCUCACGCCUUCCUGGCCCGAGCCGAGUCUGGGCCAGGGAUGAGGUGAAUAUUGCCGCAGUGAGGGAGGAGGUGGGUAAACUCGAAGAUGAGGGGAAAGUCAACUCAGCCAACCAUGCAGCAGUGACGAGCUCGAUCAAAGCUAGCCAUUAUAAGGCUCUAUCGGAGGAGGAGAAGAAGGAAUGGGAGGACAUUAUGAAGCACAAGCGUGAGAAGAAGGGGAAGCAGAUUCAUGACGAGGAAAUCAAGCACAACCAAUCAGUUCUCUUCUACAAGGUUGCUGAUGAUCUCCACGCAUUGAUCGGUGAUGGACAUGGACAAGCAGGAGAGGACGUUGUCUUCCACCUUCGAAUGGUGUACAAGCCGCGUGACAGCCCGCCGCAGUCGACCUGUGUUGACGUCACGCGUAAUGAUGACGUGCAGGGUUUCAACAAAUUCGAAGGAGGGAACACUGCCAAGGGGGAGCGCUGGGCGCGUUAUGUUGGCGAGCUUUAUCCAAUCGCCCCUGUUCCUACAUUGGAUCGCGGGUCCGAUGGAAUGCCUCUCUUACCAGAAGUCGAGAAGAACUGGACAUUUACGCGCUGCGGAGAACAACUGAAACUAUACAUAGAAGCGAUGUGGAAGCAUGCACAUGCCCGGAAUGGCGACAUACCCAAUCUUCCAUGGGACUCGCUCUGCAAUGCUACGUGCAAUGUCGUAUCAGAGGGUUGGCAAGGAUCCAUUGGGGAUCCAUUGGACAUGGGCCCGGCGGAGGUGAUGGGGCUCUACCUUCGCAUGCUCAUGGCACAAAAUGACGCCGACGCAUUCCACUUUGUGCCGGACCCCAUUGAUGCUACAAGACACAGUGCCCUUUCACAGGUGGACAGCGAGGACGAUGAUGAGGAUGCUGUGGUGCUGACACCGUCGCGCAAGAAACUCCCCCUCAGGCAGGUGAAGAAGACUAGUGCUGAGUUACCCCAGAGCAGUGUGCAACUCAACAAUCGCCACCUCAACGGCGCCGGUGAUGGUGUUAGCGAGGGCGCAGCUCGCAGCAUCGAUGAUGGUGAAGGGCGCAUCAUUCACAAAGGCAAAGGACGCGGCAUCGUCAUCGACGAACAUUGCGGCAUCGUCGUCGACGAACGUUGCGGCAUUGUCGACAACGAAGGUCACAAUGUCGUCGAGGUCAAAGGCCUCAGCGUCAUCAAGGGCAAGGGCUGUGCCUUCGUCAAGAGCAAAGGCCACGACGUCAUCGGAGGCGAAGGAUGUGGUGUCAUCGGGGGUGAAGGUCAUGGCAUUGUCCAGGGCAGUUGCGACAUCGUCGAGGGUGAAAGUCACGGCGUUGUCGGGGGCGAGGGACGCGGUGUCGUCGAGGGCAGUCGCGGCAUCAUUGAGGGUGAAGGCUUCGGCGUCGUCAAGGGCAAAGGCCAUGGUGUCAUCGAGGGCAGUCGCAGCACUGUCGAGGACGAAGCACGUGGUGUCAUCGAGAGCGAAGCACGCGGUGUCGUCGAGGGCAAAGCAUGCGGUGUCAUCGAGGGCGAAAGUUGCGAAGGCGAAGGCAGCAGUGUUGGUGAGAACGUUGACGGUGGCGAAGGCAUAGGCAACACCGAGGGUGGUAAUGACAGUGAUAUGGAUGCUGAUGGAGAGGUUGAUCCUGGUGAAGAUGUGGAACUCGACAAUAGCACCGGGCAGGAGAUGCAAGUCAAGAUGGGGAUGAAGCGCAAGCGGAAUGAUAGACAACUUCCGCACACUGCUGCAGCAAAGAAGGGGAAGGCUGUAGUCAUUGUUAAGAAAUCCUCAUAUGUUAUCCUGACUACCCUCAUGUGUAUAUGA